UCGGAAUGUAACGGUGUUUUAGGGAUGGUACUGAGAGAGGGUAGAAUAUGAUGUUCUGGGGUAGAGUCUGAGGCUAGACUUGGAGAUGGCGUGGAAAAGAGGUAGGGAAAAAUACUCAAAACUUCUUUUCUUUUUUUUUUUUUGGAUCUUUUUUUCGGAGCUGGGGACCGAACCCAGGGCCUUGCGCCUGCUAGGCAAGCGCUCUACCGCUGAGCUAAAUCCCCAACCCUUCUUUAAAGAUUUAUUAUGUACAGCAUUCUGUCUGCAUAUAUGCCUGCGUGCCAAAAGAGGGCGCCAGAUGGUUAUGAGCCAUCAUAUGGUUGCUGGGAAUUGAACUCAGGACCAUCUCUCCAGUCCUAACACUUAUCUUCUUUUCUUUUUUUUUUUUCUUUUCUUUUUUUUUUUUUUUUCGGAGCUGGGGACCGAACCCAGGGCCUUGCGCUUGCUAGGCAAGCACUCUACCACUGAGCUAAAUCCCCAACCCCUCCUAACACUUAUUUUUACAAUUAUUUAUUUUUGUGUGUGUAGUUAUCUCGUGAAAUGUGUUUGCAGGUCACUCUCUUCCAGUCACACGUACAUACCCAGAAGGCUUAUUCUCACAGUCUUCAGAGUUGGAGCCUUGGGAAGUUCAUUCAUCCUUUCAACUGUCGUCCACUGAGCAUGUAUGGUAAGACUAGUACUGUCCUAGGCCCCAGAGGGAUAUGCUAUAAACAAGUUAAACAAAACUCCUAUUCUAUCCUGACUCUGCCACAUCAUCAACACCUUUUCUGGGCAGCACCAGGUCCCGGGGUUCCCUCUUUCUACUCAGGUCACCAGGCCUUUACUUCAUUGAGUCUUCUUCUUGCUCAACCCAAAGCACGAAAAACUUCUGAGGCUCAGAGAGGAGCUUAGAUAUGGCUGGGGUUGAGGCAACAGCAUAGAAUAAUGAAAUAGAUGGAGUUUGAGCUACAGACAUAGUCUGGAGAGACUAGGAAGGACAGGUGAGAGGCAGGGGAGGUCAGUGAAAUGACCAUGAGCAGGAGAUAGGACAGCUUUGGGGUUCAAGCUAUUGUUACUAUAGUUAGGGUUGUUGUUGUUUUGAAUUUUCAGACAGGCCUUAUGCAGCCUAAAAUGGCUUUGAACUCCUAAUCCUCUUCCCUCCACUUCCCAAGUGCUGGGAUUACAGGCCUUUACCACGUCUGGCUUGGAGGCUACCUUUGACCAGCAAGCAUCCAGAAGUCAGAAACAGGAAGAUCAAGGAGUUCAAGGCCAGCCUCAGCUACAAUAAUGUGUUUGAGUCCAGCCUGGGCUACAUGAAGAUCUGUCUCAAACGAAAAAAGAAAACAAAAAAGGCUUCCUUUAGUCAAAGACAUGAGUUCUAGAAUUCAAGUCUCUGCAACAUAGCUUCCUUUUUUCCGUAAUUCAGUUUCCUCUUUUCUAACUUGGUCACAUAAAAGCCAGGGGUGGGGAUCUUGAGUUUGCUCAGCGGUUAAAAGCACUUGUUCUUACAGAGAAACAAGGUUCAAUUCCCAGCACCUACAGGGCAGCUCACAACUGUUUUGCGUUUUUUGAGACUCAAGUCCCAGAUCCGACACCCUUUCCUGACCAAGCACACAUACAGUGCAUAUACAUGAAGGCAAAACACCUAUACACAUAAAAUAAAUGAAUCUAAAAAUAAACUACAAGAAAAAAAGCCAGCUAUGGUGGGUAGGUAGAUCUCUGAGUUUGACAGCCUGGUUUACAUAGAGAUUUCCAAGCUAGUCAAGACUACAAAGUGAGACAGUCUCAAAAACCGAUAACAACAAGAUUAUUAUUAUUGUUGUUGUUGUUGUUAUUAUUAUUAUUAUAUCCACGUGAAAUAGUGUGUGUGGCCUAUGAUAGAGCUCAGUGGGUAAAGGCGAUUGUUGCCAAACCGGAUGAUCUGAGUUCGAGCCCCAGGACACACAAGGUAGACUAGAACUGACUCUAACAAGUUGCUCUCUGAUCUCUACACGCGUUUAAUAAGUAUAAUAAACUUCUAAAUGAUGCGUUAUACCUGUAAGAAAAAGAGCAAAUAACUUGCUUUUAUGCCCAAAACUCAACAGCGCCUGACCCAGAAAGUGUGGGGAAAGAAGAAACCCAUGAAUACACCUCAUAGUGACCCGACUUCAGGCCAGGUCAAGGGAUAGGAAAGAGAUUUACUUGGUUUAAAGUCUCACAGGAAAGAGAUUAGGGGAGGCGGGGAUAGUGAGGGAAAUUUCCUGAUCCCCCAGCAGGAGGAUGGCGGCCUUUGCACACUUGUUGAAGCGACUCGGAUGGGCCGCUCGAGCUCAGGAGGUGACGGAGCAAGAGCUGGAGGAGGAGUGCAGCGUCCCGGGCGCUCCUUGGAGACUCCUGGUAGCGCCCCGGUGCUGGCAGAGGUUACACGGGGGUGCGGCGGCCGCAUCUGGUCUGCGCUUCGGAGCAAGCGCCGUGCAGGGCUGGCGCGCGCGUAUGGAGGACGCGCACUGUGCUCAGUUGGCUUUGCCUGGGCUGCCAUCAGGAUGGGCUUUUUUCGCGGUCCUGGAUGGCCAUGGAGGAGCGCGGGCCGCGCGCUUCGGAGCGCGCCACCUCCCGGGUCACGUGCUGGGGGAACUGGGUCCCGCGCCCCGAGAGCCCGAUGGUGUGCGCCAGGCUCUUCGUAGCGCCUUCCUCCACGCAGACUCUCAGCUGAGCAAGCUCUGGCCCCGCUGCGACCCCGGUGGCUCGACGGCUGUGGCUCUGCUCGUGUCCCCGCGAUUCCUCUACCUGGCGCACUGCGGGGACUCGCGCGCGCUGCUGAGCCGCUCAGGCUCGGUGGCCUUCUGCACCGAGGACCACCGUCCCCACCGGCCUCGGGAACGCGAGCGCAUCCACGACGCCGGUGGCACAGUCCGUCGCCGGCGCGUAGAGGGCUCCCUGGCCGUGUCGCGAGCCCUAGGUGACUUCGCCUACAAGCAGGCACCGGGGAGGCCUCCUGAGCUGCAGCUCGUGUCCGCUGAGCCCGAGGUGGCUGCGCUGGCACGCCAGGACGAGGAUGAGUUCGUGCUCUUGGCUUCCGAUGGCGUUUGGGACGCUCUGUCUGGUGCGGACCUGGCGGGGCUGGUGACGUCGCGCCUUCGUCUGGGCCUGGACCCGGAACUACUCUGUGCGCAGCUGUUGGACACGUGUCUGUGCAAGGGAAGUCUGGAUAACAUGACCUGCAUGGUGGUCUGCUUCCCUGGGGCCCCCAGGCCUUGUGAGGAGGCAAUCAGCAAGGAGAUGGCUUUAGACGCAGUCCUGAGCCACAAAGUCGCUGGUGAGCAGGUCAAAUGGCCAGUGGGAGGGAUGGUUGGCCAGUGUGGGCUCUCGGCUCACCUCCUCCUCAGAGCUGUAUGCCUCUGCUCAGGAACCUCCAUGCCUAAACACGGUUUUCAGGACCCUGGCCUCAGAGGACAUCCCGGGCUUGCCUCCUGGAGGAGGGCUACACAGCAAGGCCACUGUCAUAGCUGAAGCUUACUCUAAACUGCAUCAGACCCCCGGGGAAUGUCAGGAGAAGAGGUGAGAUGGGUGGAAACCAUAGGCACCCACUCAAACCUUGAACUCAGAGGCCUGAGAGCGUCGGUCCUCGGGGGCAUCUGUGCAUCUCAGGGGAAGUCUGUGCUUCCCUAUCAGGAAAGUCAGAGGAAGGAACCAGCCGUGGGGGAACCCAGACCCUUCAUUUCCUCUUCUACUUCCCCCUCACCAGCCUCAUGAUGGGGAAUUCCACCAUCUCCCAACAGCAGAAAACCCAACCAAACCUGCUUCUUUUUCUCCCCCUUAAUAUUUAAAGCCAAGCAGAUCUUGAGUGAUCAGCAUGUAACCUGCCUUUCCUUUUAACCUGUGCUACAAGGAGGUAGUGAUAGACAUGAUGAUGGAAUUUUAUUUAAUAGAACUAAUUCCAAAUGCA